GCGGGAACAGACAGCCCGUUGCCAUGGAGUGGGGUCAGAGUGAUCUGCUGUCUCCGGUGGUUCGAGAUGACGAGGUGACGAUCGCUGCCCGCAGGAGGAGGAAGAGCGCCGUCGCCUUCCCGUCCCUCGGCAGCGGCAGCCCCGUCGUCUCCGCGGUAACGCCGGCUCGCCCCAUGAUGAGGAACACUCCUGCCUCAUUGUUCAGACAGGCUGUGACUCCGAGGGUUCCAGAUGUUUCCUCCAUUUUGGCUCCAGGAGGUCGAACGCCUCGAUACACACACACACCGAGAAACGCCGCCAGCAGUCUGAAUUUGGACGACAGCGAUUGGACGAUGACGUCGAACAUCAUGUACACCUCUCCCGUUUUGCCGAUGGAGAACACGAGCUUCUUCACGGACGACAUCGCCAACCUGAGCUCGGCGCUGCUGAAGGAGGACGACCCGGGAGAGGCCGCGGCCGCCAGUCUCUUCCCAGAGUUCCUCGGGUCUUUUCUGAAACACUCGUCCUCUGCGGUGUUCGAGCUGCUGGAGGAUUAUCAGACGCUCUGCCAGGAGAAGGUGAACAUGCUGCAGCACGUCGUCCUCAGAGCCGGUCAGAACAGUAAGACAGCAGGAGUCUGCUGGCUGCUGCAGCAAGAAAACUGCUCCUGGAGACUCAUCACCUCCCUCUACAGGGAUCGGGUCCAGUUGGCGCUUGAAGAUGACAUCAUGACAGACAUAGCUAUUCCCAGUGAGAGUGAGAAGAUCGUGGUGGAGCAGCUUUUUCAGCGGGACGCUAUAAUACGACAGAGUCAGCUGGUUGUUGAUUGGCUGGAGAGCAUCGCCAGGGACCAAGUCGGAGUGUUUUCUGACAACAUUGAAUACUACGCCAAAAACGUCUGCUGGGAGAACACCCUUCAUGCGCUGAAGCUGAGGAGGAAGAGCAGCGCUGGCUUCUCUGUCCCUCUGGUCACUGAGCUGGACCCGGACGCUCCUCUCCGGCAGCAGCGCCCCCUGGCUGACCUGGACAGAGAGGACGACGCCCGACUGCUGAAGAAUCUGUUCACACUGAUCAGAGCGGGGAUGACCGAGGAGGCUCAGAGGCUGUGUAAACGCUGCGGUCAGGCCUGGAGAGCAGCGACUCUGGAAGGCUGGAAACUCUACCACGACCCCAACAUGACCUCAGGCAGCAGAGAGUUGCAGCCGGUUGAAGGAAAUCCUCACAGAGGAAUCUGGAAGGCGUGCUGCUGGAGGAUGGCCGAGGAGGAGCAGUUGAACAGAUACGAGAGAGCGAUCUACGCCGGCCUGAGUGGAAACCUCAAACCGCUGCUGGCAGUGUGUGAGUCUUGGGAGGACUGUGUGUGGGCGCACUUCAGAGUGAUGGUGGACUCGCUGGUUGAAAAGGAUCUGAUGUCGUCGGGUAUGGCCCACCAGGAAGUGGAGACACUACCAAGAGAAUACCUGGAGGCCAACUGGACGAUGGAAAAGGUGUUUGAGGAACUUCAAGCUUCAGAGUCAAAGAGGGUGUUGGAGGAGACGAGAGAGCAUUACCACGUCAUCCAGAAGUUCGUCAUCCUGGGAGACUUGGACGGUCUGCUGGAGGAGUUUUCUGAUUGGCUGGCGGCCUCUAAGCCCCUUCCCUCCCACCUGCUGCGAUUCAUGAGUCACCUCCUGCUGUUUUUCCGCUCUCUGGGUUUGGCUCUGAAGGAGGAGGUGUGUGUGGACGUGCUGAAGGCGUACGUCUCCCUCCUGAUUCGGGAUCAGCAGACUGACCUCGUGGCGAGCUACGUCAGCCAGCUCCCGGCCGAGCUUGCCACCGCUCAGUACGCCACUUUCUUAGAGACCGUCAACCAGCCGGAGCUCCGCCCACGCUGCCUGCAGCUCGCCACCGACGCCGGUCUGGAUGUCGCUGCGAUAACGAAGCUGGUGGUGGAGACGGUGAGGGAGAGAGAUGACACCGAGUUUACACAUCACAGCCAGACACUGGAGACGGGAACUACAAAGGAGGACCAAAGGAAGAUUGAUAUCAUCGACUGGCUGCUGUUUGACCCGGCCCAUCGAGCCGAGGCCCUGAAGCAGUCCAACGCCAUCAUGAGGAAGUUCCUGGCUCUGCAGAAACACGACGCAGCCAAGGCGGUGUUCUCUAAAGUCCCUGAGGACUCGAUGAAGGAGAUUUACUGCCAGUGGGCCGGAGUCGGACAGACCGCGCCCCCGCCGGCUGAGGACGAGAACUCCAUCAGAGAACACCUGUGUAUCAGAGCUUACCUGGAAGCCCACGAGGCGUUCACUGACUGGUUCAGCCACAGCAGCUCUGCCCCCCAGAAGCCAGCGCCGGCCCCCGAGGCCAAAUUCACAGAGAGGGUUGCCAAUGAGAUGAGGGAAAAGGAGUAUCAGAUCUCCCUGUCAUCCUGGACUUGUCGCCUGGACGUUCUCACUGAAGACGUGAAAGAGAGAAUCUACAACGUGCUGCUGUUCGUAGACGGAGGAUGGAUGGUCGACAACAGACAGGACACGGAGCAGGAUUCAGAGCGCAGCCACCAGAUGGCGGCGUUGCGUUCUCUGUGUCUGCCUCGCCUCAGCUUCCUGCUGCUCAGCGUGCUGCAGAACUCCUCCAGACACCAGGAGGCGCUGCGGCUUGCCGACAUCAUCUCGUCCGACCAGCACCGCCUCUACCAGGUUUUCUCUAAAGAGGAGCUCAGAAGGUUCCUUCAGAAGUUGAGGGAGUCAUCGCUCGCUCUGUUGGACCGAGGACUCGACCCGCUGGGCUACGAGUUACAGCCAUGAACUCACAAAGGAGUUUUUGGAGAUUGUGUUAAUUUUGUGUUUAUGUUUUUGCUAAAUAAAAGCCUAU